AUGGACAGCACCACCGCCGCCGCUGACACCUCCGCGCCCCGCAUGCCGCAGCGUAAGCGUGGUGCCCCGUGCACUGUGGCCGCGAUCGUGGGUCUCCAGCUUCUCACCGCCGGUGCAUUUGGCAUCAUGAGCCCCAUCCUGUCAAUCCUCAUGACGGAGGUCUCUCCUGCAGCAUUCUCCAAUGCGCUCGACGCAGUGCAGACGGAGACUGUGAUAGAGCCAACUGGCAAUGGAGACGCGCUGUCCGUCUCCCAGCAGGAGAAGAUGCAGGUCUUCGCGACGUCUCCCGACCUCGAAUUGCUCUGCAGGGAGAACGGUAUCACAGCCGCGCAAUUUGCGCGGAAUAGCGAGGCAGUGACGAGUUUGGACUUGUUUCUGGGCUUUUGGACGUCCAUGAGGAGCGUCGCGUACUUCCCAGCGCUGAGGGAGCUCUCGAAACGCGGACAGGAGCACGAGCUCGUCCGGAGUCCCAGAGCGGGGAGGCAAUGCGAGCAGCAGGAGAUGGACAAGGUGCUCAGCAGCGGCGUCUAA